ACCGCUUUCCGGCAGUGAGAAGAACGGCGCGGUGCAGGCAGGCAGCAGGCAGCAGGAGAUUAUUUGCGGGGCUGAAAAUGGAUUUUCGUUUUUAUGGACGAGUUUUGUUCACUGUCUCAUUUGCGGGACUUGGGGAAUACUGCUGCUUUUAUUAGGUUUUGUAACGUGAACGCUGAUGUCUGCGGUUCCAACUGGGCCCGCCAAUGGAUGGCGUGGAGAGCUCAUUACCUUCCAUGGAAAUGGGUGCUCUGUCCCAGGGGAACUGGAGAACCUCGGAGGUAAGCUGCAGGACUCGGUCGUGUCAGAUAUUAGACAGGAACCAGGUGUGUGCGGAUGCAAAAUGGAGCGAGAGAACAACCAGGAUUAUUCUUUCUUUGAGCUGAACCACCAGUGUGAACCGUUUGGGAGACGAAUAAACGGCUUAAGUUGUAUCGGAGUGUCUGGAUUUAUCCACAAUCAUCAAGAGGAUGGAAGCUUGAAUAGACUUAAAGCGCCUGCAGAGCACUGGGACAGAUCCAGCUGCGUCCAAAACACCUUCAACACAGAGCACAAGUUUGGUUCAAGCUGCCAAGACCUGAACAAGAACAAUGACAACUGUAUAGUAACAUUAUCUCGAACUGAAGCCGCUCAAAGUCAUGCAGAUAUUCGCCAUGAUCUUGGUGAUAAAAUCACAACAUGCCUCCUAAGAACUGAGCCAGAACCAGAGGUAAUAUCUCAGACUGUCACUGCUGCUGAUGGACCAGUAUUGGAGAUGUCCAGGUUAGACCUGAACCAUUUGCCUGACAAAGUCCAAAGUCAGGAUGUUGUGUAUGUGCACUAUGAGUCUGAACUUCAAAUGCCAGGGAUAAUGAGACUGAUAACCAAGGAUCUGUCCGAGCCUUAUUCCAUAUAUACAUACCGGUACUUUAUCCACAACUGGCCACAACUUUGCUUUCUGGCAAUUGUACAGGAGGUCUGUGUGGGGGCGAUUGUGUGUAAACUAGACAUGCACAAGAAGAUGUUUCGGCGUGGAUACAUUGCCAUGCUUGCCGUGGACUCCAAGCAUCGUCGAAAAAACAUAGGUAUUAAUCUGGUAAAGAAGGCCAUCUAUGCUAUGGUGGAGGGAGACUGUGAUGAAGUAGUUCUGGAGACAGAGAUCACUAACAAAUCUGCCCUGAAGCUGUAUGAAAACUUGGGUUUUGUGAGGGAUAAGCGGCUUUUCAGAUAUUAUCUCAACGGUGUGGAUGCUUUGCGGCUCAAACUGUGGCUACGCUAAGCUCCCGCCAGAGCCCCUCAUUUUUAAGUACGCUCACAGUUAUAAAUAUCUGGUUCUCACACAAUCGUUCAAGGAUAUUUUUGCUGGUUAAACAAAGUAUUAUAAUUGCUAUAUCUCUGUGAGAGCCAGGAAACAAAAAACACCAGUUGAAGUCCUCAGGGAGCCAUUCGGUGUAAAUUCAAACAGCACAGAAGAGCAAAAAGGAACAUCAGCUGAUCCGAAGAAGAUGAAGCUGAUACAAAGAAGUGAUGCAGGACUUUUUGUGUUAGCUUUUGAUCUUGAGGCUUCAAACAAGAUGGUUUUUCUGCCAUGUUUAUUCUUAUACAGUGAUUUAAACAGAGGAUUUUAUGUAGUGUAAUGUGUGUUUGAAUGUAUUGGGGUUUGCUGUGAGCAGUGUGUUCUAGUAAUGUACCUAUUGGUGAAGCUGAUAUGUGAUUUCUACAUGAGUGGAAGAGUUCCAGUUCUCCUAAAACUUUAUUUGCAUCAAGCAUCAUUUGUUGGGCUACAAAGGCAGUUAAUUAAUUAUAAGAGUAAAUAUGUGGGUAAUAAACAAUCAAUUUUUAGAGCUCUUUAAUGUGGUACUGAUGCUCAUAUGCACAGAUGUGACAAGUUUGAAUAGUUUGUGCCUGCUUAGGGAGUGUGUAGGUUUUCUGUGAACUUUUCAAAGGAUUUUCUAACAUUAAAAUCUUUCUUUAACAAAAAUAAAACCAGCUACUAGCUGACAAAACA